ACGACUCCGACGGUGACAACAACAACCACUGAUGAGACCACCACAACCGAAGUCACCACUACAACUGAAACAACCACUGAUGAGACCACCACAACCGAAACUGAAACAACCACUGAUGAGACCACCACAACCGAAGUCACCACUACAACUGAAGAGUCGACUACCACCGAACCGGUGACAACAACUGAAACAACCACUGAUGAGACCACCACAACCGAAGUCACCACUACAACUGAAGAGUCCACUACCACCGAAACGACGACUCCGACGGUGACAACAACUGAAACAACCACUGAUGAGACCACCACAACCGAAGUCACCACUACAACUGAAGAGUCCACUACCACCGAAACGACGACUCCGACGCCUGAUGACAUAAUAGAUCAAAUUAUAGAGGAUAUACUUGACAUUUUGGAAAACGAGGAUGUCCCGGUCUAUGUGGAUACUAUCACUGACGCCUUUGAUCAGGUGAACGACCUUCUCGAUAUGGAAGAGGACGUUACCUUCCCACCGGAAAUGCUGGAUAUCUUGGACACGUUGGGAUCCCGAAUAGAUCUGAAUGGUGCCCUGAACGAUACAAUAGUACGUGAUAAUUUGGCUCUACUGAUGGCAGACGCCUCCCCAGAUAACCCUGUUAGGGGCUUGAGACUAACUGCAGGAGGAGAAGGUAGAACGAGAAACUCAUUUUCUAAGGACACUUUCGAAUUUCUCUCUGAUGACGAUCCUGAUCAUUUGAAUGCUGAUGCAAGCGAUGCUGUAGUGCAUUUACCAGAGUCUGUAGCGACAUCUACAAGGCGUAUUAGUUUUGUUGUCUUCCGUGAUGACCAAGCGUUUGCCAACACUAAUUCUCGAUUAGCUGUCAACAGCCGAGUGAUCAGUGUUAAUGUAGAGAACUUGACACAGUUCGAUAACGACGAGUUGGUAGACAUAUAUUUGAGUCCUUUGCAACUGCCCGAACAAGACAGAAGGCGAUCUUGCGGUUAUUGGGAGUAUCAAGAGGACAGCACUGGAUAUUGGUCGCAAGAAGGCUGUACUUUUAUUCCAUCAGACAACCCAACAGUUUUAGACACAUGUAGAUGCGAUCGUCUUGGACGAUUUGCACAAAUUGUGAUAUCGCAACCAACAUUUUCUAAAUCUAACGAGAAUGCAUUACAAGCUAUUACUCUAACUGGUAGCAGUUUAUCUAUUAUUGGUGCUAUAUUUAUUGUAAUUACAGCUUUAUUGUUCAGAUCAUGGAGAUCAACUUUCCGCAAUCAAGUUUGGGUUCAACUCAGCAUUGCGUUAUUUAUAUUAUCCGUUUGCUUCAUAGUCACUGCUUCUGUAAGAUACGUCGAAUAUAGUGUAUCAUGUUUACUCACCGGUAUAUUUAUGCAUUACUCUGUACUGGCCUCAUUUUGUUGGAUAUUAGUAGUGGCUGUAAUAGCAUACAGAGACUUAGUUAUAAUUUCAAGACAUGAAAAUACGCGAAAGAUGAUAGUAGCGUCAAGUUUUUCUUGGGGUGUACCUAUAAUAUUAAUGAUGAUAUAUGCAUUAGCAGCUGAAGAACCGUAUGCGAUGCGUUUUGCAGAAAUGUCACCUAGUGGAAGUUUCUGCUAUCCGUCGGGACUUGGUUUAUGGUUAUCAGUAUAUACACCCAUAGGUGUCAUAUUGUUGGCUAAUGUCAUUCUGUUCUUCUACAUAGUCGGAUACAUUUCCAGAAGCGUCUAUAUUCUGAAUGAAGAAAAUGCUAAGAAAGCCAUUAAAAGUUCUCGCAUAGGAUUUGGCCUUGUCAUUCUGUUCAGUUUGGCCUGGGUAUUUGGCAUUUUCGCUUACAAUAUUGUCACAGCCUAUCUAUUUACUAUCACAGUCACUAUACAAUGUUUCAUUCUAUUUAUAUUUGUAGUAUGUGGUGAUAAAGAUACGAGAGACCUUUGGCUUCAUAAAUUGAAAUUAAAAAGUUCCACAAACAACUCUCUAUACUCUAGACGACUCUCUCCGUCGUUUUAA